AUGCCUUCCCCGGACACCAGCCGGCCUUGUAAGCGGUGCAAGGCCGAAGAUGCCGCUUUCCUCCUGCGGACAGACCCAACGUGCCGUGAUUGUUACGUCCAAUAUGUCGCUUACAAACUAAACAGGCGUCUCGGCGCACUUCACAAAGACAUUCGCUCUUCAAAGAAGCUUACCACUCGGAGAUACCUGGCUGGCUUGUCUUUUGGACCUUCAUCUAGCGUCCUGGCCCAGUUACUCACCGAGCAGGCCCGCCACCACUCAGAGAACAAGGCAUCUUCACCAUUUGAGCCUGUGAUCAUUCAUAUCGAUACUGAGUUAUCAUAUAUCGAGGGAGAAUCUACUGCUAAGAAGCUGCUGGACGAGUACCGUCGUGUAUUGCCAAAUGCUAUGUUCGAGUGUGUUCCUCUGAAGGACGUCCUCCUCGUGAAGAGCAUCGACUGGUCAACUCUACCCCUCGACGCUGUCACACCAGAUGAUGAUCCAAACGCUUGCCUUCAACGACUGUUCAAUGCUCUACCAACAUUGACAUCGCGAACAGAUCUUCUCCGUCAGCUUAUUCGUCACCUUCUUCUCCAGAAAGCCCAGGAGCACUCAUGCUCAGCGCUUCUCCUCGGCCACAGCACUACAGCACUGGCAGCCUUGACACUAUCAGAGGUCGCCAACGGUAGAGGAUUUGCAGUUCCGUUACAGGUUGCUGACGGCAUGACAACUGUAUGCACAUACGGGGCAGUCGAGGGCACCGCCGCCCAGGAGACUGGUCGACUAGAAUUCCCGGUCUACUAUCCCCUACGCGAGAUCUUUCGCAACGAGCUGGUCCAGUACAUCGACCUUGUUCCCUCAUUAAAGGAGGUUGUUCCCGUCAACCAAGCAGGUGCCAAGGCUAGAAACAGUGUUGUUUCACACAAGGACCUAAGCAUCGAGGAGGUCAUGACACGGUACUUUGAUAGUGUAGAGGAGGGAUAUGCUGGAAUCGUUGCCAACGUGGUGCGCACAACUACAAAGCUGGACCGAGUUCCUGGAAAGAGCCUCUGCGGAAGCUGCGGAAUGUCACUUGAUGCCGAGGGAGAUUCGCGAUGGGCCGGAGAGAUAGGCGAUGAUGCCGGGAACGGGCCGGGGCCAGCCGGUGCAGGCCGGCUGUGCUAUGGCUGCAAGCGGUCAAUUCAUGGGUAG